AAAUGGAGGAACCCUUUUACCAAACCAAACCCGUGUAUGACACGGGACCGGCGCCCUGUGCACGCGCCAGCUGAGGCAUUUGACCUGGGCACCGACAAUUGCCAGGUUUCUCCUUGGUUUUUUCAGUCCCUGUCAGUUCCUUACAAAAGAUCAGCAGACGAGUUACCGCGUAUUGCACCUGUGGUGACUUCAUGCACACACUUGGACUUCCGUUCGUUUGAAGUACACACUCCCACGCACGCAUGGUUCCAAGCCGACGUGCUUGUACGCACAUGUUCUGCACAGACGGGUGAGAGCUGCUCUCACGCUCCCAUGUGGCGCUCCUGUGAGCACUGGAUGCCUCGCUGCACGGGCAAGACAUUUGUUCAUUUGUUCCUGGUUCCUGAGUUUUGAGUGGUGCAAGAAGGCCCGUUUUUGUCGAUAUAGUGUAACAGAUCUUUGGUGACAUGGAUUGCUGCGCGAGCUGUGUGAAGUUUUGUUUUGUGCACUGCCUUUUCCCUGUAUGCAACACCUGCAGAACACGUCGGGUUGAAUUGCUUCUUGAUGCAAGGCCGGAAAAGCGGACCCUGAGAUGGCAGGAGAGGACUUCUGGCGUGAGCUGGGCACUAAAGACUUGAGGACUUUGCUGUUGGAGCGCGGAGGGUUGCUCAGAGUCUCCAACUUCUUCCCGCAAGAGCAGGCCGAUCGGUGCCUCGCAACAUUGCAGAGCGUGUCAUGGACGGAGUCGAGCUCUGGCCUGUACGAAGGUCAUGGAGACAGCGCCAAGCACUGGUUCUACCGCUACGACGGGGAGCUGGAGGUCGCGGCGCGGCUGCGGUCGCUGUGCCCCGAGCUCUUCAGCAGCUUCCAGGCGGCCAGGUACGACGCCGGCGGCAAUCUUGCCGCACACGACGACAGCAACUACUUUGCGAUCGCGCGCACGGAUAGGAACACCACGGCUCGCUACCCCGCAGGGGCUGUGGUCUUCCGAAAGAUUGCCUUGAUCUACUACCUUACAAAGGACUGGCGUGAGGACUAUGGCGGCGCUUUGCUGGACCUUCACAGCAGCGAGGCAAAGUGCCUGGUGCCGCGCUUCAACUCGGCGGUGGCGUUUUUGGUACCGCGGGUCCAUCAGGUUCAGGAUUUGGCCAAGGGCUGCCCUCCACGAUUCUCCGUGUUUGGCUGGUUCAGCGACGACAAAGGCUAUCCUACCAAAGCUGAGCUCGGACAGAUGCCGUGGCUAUCCACUUGCGAGUCCAGGGAGCGUUGAAAAGACGGUCUUGGGUAACGCAAGGGGGCGCUUUGAAGUUUGGAGUGGUUUCGCAGUGGAUUCGCUCACAAAACAUGUGCCAAACACACGCGUUGCGAGAGGCCAAGACCACAGAGCCCGGUGUGCAACUUUUCCACGGGCACUCGCGGUAGUCCGAUUUUUAAAGUGCGAGGGGUGAGACUUUGCAACUCUAGUCCGACCUUCGUGUCUCCGAGCCUUGCGAGCUUGAAAAGGCUUGCGCGAGCUGACAAGCCAAAUUGCCCAGCACGCUACACGAAUCUAAAUGCGGCGACCUGGAG